GUAGUUCCUCCAGAGAUUGUCACUGCUCCAUCAGAUAAAGACGUUGUUGAGGGAAAUAGUUUGAACUUGUUCUGCAAUGCAACUGGCAAUCCACAACCAGACAUCCAAUGGACUAAGAAAGGAGAAAGUAGUGUUCUAUCUACAUCCGAGUAUCUGGAUCGAGCAAACAUGAGGAGUGACGAAAAUGAAGUAGUUUAUAAUUGUAAAGUGAGCAAUAGUCUUGGAUUUGACGAAGCCAAAGCCACAAUUACUGUGCUUUGUGAGUAUACAGUGAAUAACAAGUGUUCAAGAGUGUGCUCAGGUUAA